ACUGCAUUUGUAGCUCAUAUCGAUAAAAAAUAAAAAAACAAAUUCCAACCAUCCUUAAAAUUGAAAAAAAAGACGUGUAAACAAACUUCUAGCUUUCCACAAUAUGAGUGACAAUGCAAGAAACAUAACAGAAAAAAUAGAAAUGGAUUAGACUGAAAAAUUCCCACCACCUAAACAAACAACAAAAAAUGGCAAUAACAUCAUUCUCUCUCCUCCGCCACCACGCGCCACCGCACUUCACACCUUCCACCACCGCUUUCCUCCUUCUCCGACGCAAAUUCUCUUUCCUCACCACCACUAUUCUCUGCGACAAACGCGAGACGGCGCGUGUAGCACGAGUAGCGCGUGAAGCGCGUGAAUUCUCACGUGCGAAGCACACAAACUCCUCCUCUUCUUCUCUCUCCUCACUCUCUCACUCGCAGAUUCUCUCUCCUAAUCAAGCCAUAGGAAUGGUGGCUUCAGCUCAGGCGAACUUCAUGCGCGUCGUCGUUAAUCUUCCAGAACCUUCCGAGAAGGAGAAUCCGAACUUUCUAGAAGGUUCUGGAAUCGAAGGUUCUGGAAUAGAAUUGUUGUGUGUGGUGCGAGCAGUGUUGAAGAAGAUAAAACGCAGAGUUUUGGUAGGAGAUAAGGUUUUGGUAGGGUCGAUUGAUUGGGUGGAUCGUCGGGGUAUGAUUGAGAAUGUGUUUCCUAGGGUUUCGGAGAUUUCUGACCCUCCAAUUGCAAAUGCUGAUCAUUUUUUGGUUUUGUUUUCAAUGGAUCAACCUAAAGUUGAGGCGUUUUCGUUAACUAGGUUUUUGGUUGAGGCUGAGUCUACUGGUAUUCCUGUCACUCUUGCUUUGAACAAGUGUGAGCUUGUUCGCGACGAGGUUCUGAUUGAGUGGAAGACGAGGCUUCGUCAAUGGGGAUAUAUACCCAUAUUUUGCAGUGUCGAGUCAAAACGUGGACUUGAUUCCCUUGCAUUCUACUUGAGAGAAAGGACAACUGUGAUUGUCGGUCCUAGUGGUGUUGGUAAGUCCAGCCUGAUCAAUAUGUUGCGAAGCGACGGUCAAUCUCCCACCCUCAUGGAAGAAGGUAGCUUAAUUGAUCCUAUUUCUGGCAGCAAAUGGCUUGAAGAGCAGCGCGUUGGUGAAGUGUCUGCUAGAAGUGGAAGAGGGAAGCACACAACUCGGCACGUGUCUUUGCUACCAUUGGCUGGGGGAGGAUAUCUAGCUGAUACUCCAGGGUUCAACCAACCUAGUCUAAUGAAAGUGACAAAACACACCCUUGCACAAGCAUUCCCUGAGAUCCAGAAAACACUCCAAGAAAACGAACCUAAGAGAUGCGCGUUCAACAAUUGCUUGCACGUUGGUGAACCUGGGUGUCUAAUGACGGGCGAUUGGGAGAGAUAUCCGUAUUACUUUCAACUGCUCGAUGAAAUCAAGAUACGAGAGGAAUUCCAACUAAGGACAGUGGGCACGAAGAGGGAGGGUGAUGUCAGGAAUAAGGUGGGAGAUAUGGGUGUCACACUGUCUGAGCCAAGAUUGGAGCCGAAGAAGCACAGGAGACAAUCUCGUAAGAAAAUAAACCAAUCUCUAUUAGAUGAGUUGGAUGUGCUGGAUGAAGAAGAUGAUCACUUGGAAGAGAAUCCUAUCAUCCGUGCUAUGGAACAAGAAAACCAGUAGAACAACAAGCUCAUGAACAUUUUCGAUAACUAGAUAACGACGACGACAGUUAACUUUGUUUAGAUAGUUUAAAAUUAGCGGAUUAGCAACGAAAAGGUGUAUAUAGGGAGUCACAAAAGCAAGGUGCCUGUGUAGAUAAAAGUUUGGUCGAUUUAGUAUACUGAUGUUUGAUAACUAGUUACAGAAACACGUAAUUUUGUCAUCCUUCACUUGCUGUCGUUGGUUAUGUGAAUACAAGCACACGCUUUAUUGA